AUGCCGAUAAUGCGAUUGAGAGCAGAAAAGAAGAUGAGAAAACAUCUUAUAGAGCAGUUAAAAGCUCGUAAGGUGUUAGGCUCUAGACUAGCACAAGGUGGUGAUAAGAGUGCAGAAGAAUUACAAAGUUUGAAUCUCGGACCACAAGUGUUUUUGUUCAAGAACUUAUUUUCCGGGCAAGUAUUGUAUUCACAAGUUCCAGCGUAUCAUCAAGACCAAAUUGACGCUCAGUUCAAAAGACCAAAUUGGGAAAACAGAAAACCAAAUAGAAGAAAUGAUUUAUGGAGACUUAUGUGUGUGGCCAACUUUGCUAAUUACGAAUACGCCGUUGCCGCGUAUAAAGGUUUGGUUCAAUUAAGAGAAGUAAGAGACAUUCAUCAACAAAAGGAAGCCAAAGCUUUAAGAAAGAAAAAUAAAGAAGGUAAUACUUGGUACGCUGCUCAAUACAGACACACCCAUUCACAAGAAGCGGUUGCUGACUUGGCCCAUGUCAUUGAAGAAUUCGAGUUGGACCAAACUACCCUCUUAUGGGAAAACUUGUGGAGAAAAGGUCAAGACGAACAUUGGAGAGCUGACUUGGUCGAACACGACGUGUUACCUCCUUUCAACCAAAAACAUCAAACGGUUUUGAUGGACGAACUUAGAGCUCAUGCCACUGAGGCGUUUGCCCAAUUAAGAGAAGCCGAAGCACAACCUUCCGAACCUUUGGACCAACCUACCCCUGCCUAA